UUUCAUUCGUAUCAUCAGAUUAGGAUGCUGCUGUUUGAACUUGUGUUUUAUAUCAACGUCUGUUUGUUGGCUGUUACUGGUGGAGGUAGAGCUGCACCUGCAGUUAAAGAAGUUACAGAAGUGCUACUUACAUUCACAUCAGGUCCAUGCUCAAAUGACACACUUCGUUGGAACCGCGAGAAACGAGUGAUAGAGAUAUGCAAUGGUGUUGAAUGGGUUGGAGUCAGUGGAUGUUCCAUACUAAAAGGCUCAAAAUCCUUCCCUGGAGCAUCAUGCAAAGACAUCAAGCAGCAAGGAGUUAAAGGAAACGGCAUUUACUGGAUACAACCACCAGGAUCUAACUUUUCAUUUCAGGCUUAUUGUGACAUGCAAACAGAUGGAGGUGGUUGGAUGCUGCUGUAUGCAUACAAACACAGAAAAGGCACUAAAUAUGAUCUCGUUACUGCAUUGCCAACCAGCCCUGAUGGAUACUCACAUCAACUGCUCAACAACAUGGGAAUAUCUACAGGGUGGGCACAAGAGUUGAGAUUUUACUGUACAACAAGCAAACACAACAGAGUCGUUCAUUUUAAAACAAACAACAGAAAUAUUAUUCAAACUGCUUAUGAUGGAAAGAAACAUUUCUCUGUGUCAGACUGGAGCUCAAAAACUGAAAAGUUGACUGGACACACAGCAUACAUUCCAGAUGCAACCAACUCUGUAUGGUCUGUUACUCAUCAAACAGCAGGAUUUACAGACUUUCCCUUUUACCGUAGUAGUGCCUACCAUUGGGGAAUUGCACCCAAACAUGGGUCAGGUCGAUUUGAGUGUGAUGACUUUGGAAACAACAAUUAUGACACUCUCCACCGUGUGUUUGUCAGAGACUAGACUGUGCGUAAAUUGCAAUAAACAAGUUGUGCAUGCAACGAUUGCAGAGUAAGUGUUUGAAAUAGAAAAUAGCUGUAAGUGUUGUCACAUAAUCAAAUACAAUAGCAAUGCAAACUCUCUAAAACUACACUUCUCUAAUGAUUUAGAUACAGAGUUUUGCCACACUGAGUAUAUACAGUAUUACACGUAUAUGGAAUUAUGCAUAGAUGAUGUAGAUCUCAUCAACACUUUCCUUCCAACUUCUUCACUCACAUGUCUUGUAGCUACAUGUUGUAUUUGAUGUAAGUAAUUCUUUACGUUCCCUGGUAUGUUUAUCUGUUUAUCUGUUUAUUCGUUUGCUCUGCAGACGAC